AUGAAAACAGGAAGUAUUUUUAAUCCCAGAAGUGUACUUGAUUUAACAUAUAAAAUAACAGCUAUGGAUGCUUUCUAAAAUUUCUUAUUUACAGGAGAUGAAAAAGGAAAUAUUUAUAGGUAAUAAAAUGUAGAAUAUCAGAUUAGGUACAAUUUGACUCCUGAAUAAGUAAAUAUAUUAGCACCUAAUACUAUUUAAUAAUAAUAAUUUACUAAAGUAAAGAUAGAUUAAAUUAAAAUAUUCCCUCAUGCUAAUGCCAAUCUAUUAGUCUUAUCAGAUUAGACUUUAUAUUUUAUAGAAGCAGCAACAUUAAGAGGAGAAGUGAUAAGUAAAGAGAAAAUAGCAAUUUUUGCAUUAAAUGAAUUCUCUAAAAGUAAUUAAUUGGAAUUGAUUAUGAUAACUAAAAAGAAAGAAGGAUAUAUUAUGCAAUAUAAUUUAAAAACAGGAAGAUUUGAAUAAAUGAGAGAAAAGUUUACUAUAUCUGACAUUCCAAUUACUGUUGCUUUUAUAGGUAAUUUAUUUUUCUUUGGAAUUCAAAAGAAAAAUUAUUCUGUCAUUAAUCUUGAUGAUAAAUAAUUGUAAGUAGCUAAUUUAUUAAUGGAUAUUGGAUCUAAUCCAUAUUUAAAAGCAACAGAUAAUAAUGAAAUACUCAUUAUUUCAACAAAUAAUGUUGGAAUCUUUAUAGGAAAGGAUGGUUAAAUGAAAUAAAAAAGUACUAUCUUAAUUUAAAAUAAAACUAUAUCACUUAUUACAACAUUUAAAUAAUAUUUAAUAGUAAUCUUUGAUAAUUUAUUACAAGUAUUUAAUUUAAUAGAUUCUAAACAUAUGAGUGAUAUAUAAUUAUCAUAGGCUGCCAGAUGUAUAACUUAGACAUCAAACCAUCUAUUUUAUGGUAGUGCUGCUGAAGUAUAUUAUUAAUUUUCAAAUAGAUAAUUUAUUUGUAUUAAACUCCUGCAGAAUAAUAAAUAUCAGAAUUCUUAAAAAAUGGAAGAGUAGAAGAUGCUUUAUAAGUUUAUGCAUAAAAUAAUUAAACUACUGAUCCAUCAAAAAAUUAAUAAUUAGAAUAAUUAAAAUUAGAUUGUGGAUGGUCUUUAAUUAGAUAAAUGUAAUUUUCAAAUUCUCUCAAUUAUAUUUUAUAAACUAAUUUUGAACCUAGAGAUUUUAUUUGUUUAUUUCCUGAUUAUUAUCCUACAGUUGAAAAAUUAUAAUCAGUUAAUCCAAACCCAUCAUUAUAAAACAUUACAAUAAUUAUAAAUAAAUUUGUAUAAGAAUCAAGAGGAGAUCCAUAAUAAAUUUAAGAACUCAAAUAUUAAACUAAAGAGUUUUUUAUUGAAAUAUUAGAAAAAAAGAGAGCUGUUCUUACUUCACCAUAAUAUGCAUACUCAAUGAAAGAUAAACUUAAUCUAUUAACAACAACACUUAAUUUUAAUUAAAAUUAAUGGCAUCCUAUUUCAUGUGAAUAAUUGUUAGAAUUAAUAGAUUUUGCUUUAAUUAAAUUAUAUUUAGAAUCUUAAUAAUAUUUUCCUAAAUUAAAAUCAUUUUUAACUAGUAAUCAAAUCUAUUGUAUUUAAAUGUAUACUUAAUUAUAAGGAUUAUUUUUAAAUAAUAGAGGAAUAGAAUAAUAAUAAGGUAUUUUAGCUAAGUUUUAUGAAUCUUUUAAUAAAAUUGACUAAUCUCUUGAAAUUUGGAAGAAAGUUGGUAGAGAAUCUGUACAUCUAUAAGAAUAACAGGAAGCAUGUGAAGAAACUACAAGAAUUUUAAAACAGAAUCCAGAAAAGAAUAGAAUCUUUAAAUUUAUAGUAUGGGUAUUUAAAAAAUAAUUUAAAAUUGGUGUUUAAAUAUUUUAAAUUAGUGACUAAAUUAUUUCACCAGAUUAAAUGUUAAAAUUUUUAGAAGAAUAAGAAUUAGAUAUUGAAUUAAAAAAAAAAUUAAAAGAAAAAUAUCUUGAAAUUUUAGUUUUAGAAAAAUAAACAGAAGAAGAAAGAUUUCAUACUUAAUUAGCAUAUUCUUAUAUUGAUUCAUUAUUUUAAAUAUACCCUAAAGAAAUGGAUUUCUCAAAAAUAGAUUUAAGAAAAAACUAAGUUGUUAAUGAUCAAUAUUAAGCAUUGAAAAGAUUUUUGAAAAAUCCAAAUGCUAAAUAUAAUUCAUCUAGUAUUUUAGAAAAAAAAGUAAAGGAUUCUUGGAUGAUAAAUGAAGUCAUUUUAUUAUAUGGAAGAGAGAAAAAACAUGAAGAAGCACUUAAUUUACUUUUAAGUCUAGGAUUCUAUGAAUGGGCUGAAAAGUACUGUUGUGAUUAUACUGAUAAUCUUUUAACAAAACUAUUUAAAAAAGUAUUUAGUCUAAUAUAAAGUUUUAAUCUAGUAUAAAGAACUUCAUUUUUAUUUAGAAGGGAAAUAAAAAGAAAAACCAAUGGAUUAGUAAGCUUAAGAUGCAUUAAAUUAAAUUAAGGUAUUAAUAAUAUUUUAUAAUAUAAUAAGAUUACUAUUAAUAAUUUCUUAAAAAAAUUUGCAACUCACUCUUAACUUAAUGUUCUGGAGGUUUUAGAUCUAAUUCCUGAUAAUUGGAUACUUUCAGAUUAAAGUGAAGAAGAUGGACUAUUUUAAUUUCUAAAAAGUGUAAUAAGUAAUGUUUAAGAUUAGAUUUAGGUCAUACUUUACAUUAAAAAAGAUCAACAAAAGCAGCUUAUUAGUCAUCUUAAGUGGAUUUGUUGUAUGUAUAAUAUCAAGUUGCUUCAGCUAAAUAAGCAAAUGUGAGAAUGACAAGUGAAAAGAAAUGCUCUGUAUGUAGUAAAACAAUUGGAGAAAAAGUAUAUAAUUAAUUAAAUAGGUUUUUGUGAUAUAUCCUAAUAGUGUUUUAGCACAUCAUACUUGUAUAAAAAGUAAUACAAUUUGUCCAUAAACAGGAAGAGAUUUUGAGAAAUAUUUUAAGUUUUGA